AUGAAAGUGGUUCACGUCCUCCUCCUCGCGGCACUAGCUGUCUCUAGUGUAUCGGAUGCUGCGACUACCCCUGCCACGGCUACUGCCACCGCAGCUGAACCUGCUGCUACGACCUCCGCCACGGAACCUGCUGAUUCAGUGGCUGAGACCUCGGCCACCGCUGAUUCUCCUCCUGCUGAAAAAGCGGACGACAAGAGCUCUACAGCUUCCGUUGAUGAAAAGCCAACGCCAAAGCCAAAGUCACCGCCUUCUGACGACACUCCGUCGCCCACUAGUGUGUCGUCCAGCUCUAGUGGUGACACUGCUCCUGUGGACUCGGCCUCUGGCUCGGCCGCUGACGUCCCGUUAGACUCGACAGCUGACGUCCCGUUAGACUCGGCAUCUGCUGAGUCCGACUCGAUGUCAAUGAGUGCAUCAGCGUCAGCUGAAGGCUCGGAAACACCGGAAGAAGACGAAGGGACGGCGCAGACGAGCUCUGACGAGGGUCCUACAGGCGAAGGGGGCGGCGCGAUCCCGCCUCGUCUUGUCCCGCUACCGUCUAGUUCAUCAGAUGCAAUGUCACAGAUGACGGCUACGAUGGGCUCUGUGGCGGCCAUUGUCAUUGCGGUCGGUGCUUAUUUCCUAUAG